CCGGCAAGUGUCAUGGUGAACUGUAUAAGGUUGAAUUCUGUGCUUCGGGCCACCAGCCGGGCCCUGGGCACCACAUCGGGGAGGAAGCAGCGGCCAUUGGUGGCGGAGAAGACAGAUCAGAACAAUGCCACAAAAAGCAACUUCUCAGACGUGCAGAGCGUACGACAUGAACAAGCUAAGCAUUCGGUACUGGUAGCGUGUCCGGCAAAAAUCACUGAAAGCAAGUUUCUGAAGUAUUUGUCGCAGUAUGGAGAGUUGGCCCAUCACUUUUUCUUUGACAGUAAUGGAACUCAUGCAGUUGUGGAGUUUGUGGAUCUCCAGAGUAUAGAAUCCCUCCUAUCGGGAACUAGAAUCCCCAACGAUGAGGACGUUUUUGUCGUACCGUAUAAAUCUAGAUAUAUCAAAGUGAAGACUACAGAAGUGGGUCAGCAGUUUCCCAAGUGCUCUCCUCAGUCCAGUAUCCCCACAAACAGUCUGAUUGACAAGUUAUGCAGAGCAGAGAAUAUAGAAGACCAGGCACAUCUGCUCCUGGAUGAACUGCAGUUAACAGAGGAAAGCAUCAGACUCCGCUACUUGGUCGGCUCCUUAAUAAGUGACAUCGCCACUGCCUACUUCCCAGAAGCCAGUGUGCACCUCUAUGGAUCUAGUGUUAAUUGUUUUGGAAAAAUGGGCUGUGAUUUGGACUUGUUUUUAAAUUUGGACAAUAUAAAAGGAUAUAAAUCUGGAAAGACUACAAGCGCUUACACUGCAGAGUUCUGGAUGAGGCGGGUUUCCUCGGGUAGAACGGCACAACAAAAGAUCCUGUCCGUGAUUGGUGAAUCUAUAGACACUUUCGGCCCUGGAUGUAAUGAAGUGAUAAAAAUUUUGAAUGCCCGCUGUCCUCUAGUACGGUUCAGUCAUCAGCCCUCAGGCCUCCAGUGUGACCUUACAGCCGACAAUCAAAUUGCGCUCAGGAGCUCAGAGCUUUUAUACAUAUACGGUACCCUUGACCACAGGGUGCGAGCUCUGGUCUUUGCUUUGAGGUGCUGGGCGCGUAUCCACAGCAUCACUAGCAGCAUUCCUGGACAAUGGAUCACUAAUUUUUCCCUCACCAUGAUGGUCUUAUUCUUCUUACAGAAGAGAAAUCCUCCUGUUAUUCCAACACUUGAUCAGCUGAAAAGUCUUGCAGGGAAAAAGGAAAAAAGCAUAAUUGAAGGCAACGACUGCACAUUUGUGAGAGAUGUGAACAAAAUUAAACCUACUGCAAAUACAGAGUCACUAGAUGAUCUGCUUAUUGAAUUCCUGGAAUUUUAUGGGAAAUUCAAUUUCAGAACAAACUGCAUCGAUAUCCGCAAGGGCAUAGAAAAGAACAAACCAGAAGCUGCUGCAUUGUACAUACAGAAUCCAUUUGAACAGACACUAAAUGUGAGUAAAAAUGUCAACCAGACCCAGCUACAAAGGUUUGUGAACCUCGCCCAGGAGAGUGCCUUCAUAUUACAAGACCAGGUGAGAGAAUCUUCUAAGAAUGGAAAACCCUGGGGUCUUGCCUCAAUAUUACUCACUAAAAGUUCUGAAAAAGAACCCAAAACUAAGAAGAAGAGGAAAUCAGCCAGUGAAAGGAUCAGUAAUCUCCUGGACUCUCUAAAGGACAAUAAUACAGGAAAAACACAAGCAGAGCAUUGACUGUGGUUGUCCGGUUCAUUGGAAGAUGCCAAACUCCUGCCCAGAACUUCUACAAUACUUUAGUUCUUUAAAAUCGAUUUUUAUAUUUGAAUCUGGGAUGUAAUACACAGAAGUCGCCUACAGAAGACCGGCUAUUAUAUGGUUAUUACAGAGUUCUGGGAAGUCUCCUGCACUGUGAUCUAUAAAAUGGCACUGACAAUAAAGACCAAUGGCCCUGACAGGAACUUGCAUGUACAGUAUGUAAAUAACAGGCUGUACUAGAGAAUAUAGAAUGUGUCAAUUUAUUAAAAUUAUUAUUCUUUAUAUUUGCUGU